AUGGCCUCCGGAUUCAUUGAAAUCACCAAUAAACAAGGAUUAUCAGCUACACUAUUACCGUUUGGUGCCACAUUGGCAAAACUGACAUUUCCAGAUAAAGAAGGAAAAAAUCAGGACUUGGUCCUUGGAUUUAACACUAUUGAUGAAUUCGAAUCUGACACUCAAUCACUGGGAAAAACAGUUGGCCGUGUGGCCAACAGAAUCAAGAAUUCCCAAUUGAAAUUUGACGGAAAAGAAUACAAAAUGACACCGAAUAAUGGUCCACAUUAUUUACAUGGAGGACCCAAUGGAUUGGGAUAUAAAAUGGGAAUUGGUAGACACGCACCACAAUCGGUUUCGUUCAGCGUGAAAGCCAAUGAACAGGAGGAUGGACUGCCGGGAGAUGCGAAAAUUGAUGUAACCUACACAGUAAACGACCGUAAUCAACUAAUCAUCGAGCAUCAUGCGACAUGUGAAAUCCCGGGACUUCUAGCCCUCACAAAUCACGCCUACUGGAAUUUAGAUGGAUCAGAAGACGUCAAAGAGCAUUUCUUAGAAAUGGAUUCUGAAGAAUACGUGGAAGUUGAUGACACAUUUUGUCCAACAGGAGCGAUUCGAUGUGUCAAAGGGACCAGAUUCGAUUUUCGAAAUAGAAAACAAUUGAAGGCGUUUGGAGAAUCAGAAAAUGAGAUUUUGGAUUUGGAUAAUGAUUUAGUGAUCGCUAGAAAAGAUCCACCCAUCACGCCGACGUCAAAUUUGAGAUUCUGGAGCCAGAAAUCGGGAAUCGAGUUGUCAAUCACCACUUCCUACCCGGUUAUUCAUUUAUAUGCAUCGAAAUUUUUGGAUUGUUCUGGAAAGAAUGGAGAGCACUACGGAGCAAAUAAAGCGCUGGCAAUUGAGCCACAGUUCCACUCGGCUGCUCCUAAUUUUGAAAAUUUCCCCGACGUCUCACUCCGUCCAGGUCAAGACUACUGUCAGGAAAUCGUGUACACUUUUUCUCAUGUCAAUUGA